AUGGCGAAUACUGGGAAGCCGACCUUUAGCUUUGGCGGAGCGGCUGGCGCCGGUAAUGGUCAAAGUCCUUUCCCUAGUUCUGGCUCUACACCAGGUAGCUCUACACCAGGUACUGCAUCUCCCUUCGGCGCAUCGCAAACAGCUGCUACGUCAAAGCCAGCAGCAACAGGAGGACUAUUUGGUACUACUACAGGAGGAUCGAUAUUGGGCAUGUUUGGAACCUCUACGGCUGGAGCUACGCCAUCCAUAUUUGGCCAAACACCAGCUUCCAAUCUUGGAUCUGGCACACCAACACCGAGUCUUGGAGGAACCCCCACAGGAGGAGGAGGAGGCUUGUUCGGUGGCCUGGCAACAGGGGGCAGUGGAACUGCUGGUGGCAUGUUUGGUGGGGGAGCGGGCGCAUCCAACACCUCUUCUCUUGGAGGUCCAGGUGGUUUUCAAUUUGGCCAGAAUAAGGACGGUAAAGCUUCGACAACAGCAGCGACCGAGAACAAAACAUCGUCCUCAGGAUUGUCUUUUGGCAGCAACUUCGGCAGUAAUGCUGCUAACAAGCCUGCCUCCUCGAGCUUCUUCACCAGUACUCCUCCUGCGAGCGCAACAACACCAUCCAAGCCGUUAUUCAAUAUCGCAAACUCAACUACCCCCGCCGGUCCUCCGCCAACAGAUAAGCAAGCUCCGAAGUCUCUCUUUGGAGCUGGUGGUCAAUCAUCUUUUGGUGGUUUUGGAACAUCAAAGACCAGCGAUUCGACUUCUACCCCCGCAUCUACAAGCUCCCUAUUCCCGCCUGCAGGAGCUACGAGUGGUGCAAGUAAUUCAUUGAAAACGGCAGCUCCCACUACUUCUUCUGGUACAGGAACAGCUCCAACUCCCGCCCCGGCCUCUCAAGCUUCCAAGUCUCCAUUCAGUUUCCCGGGAACCAACACACCGGCCAGCACACCGGGCACCCAAACCUCAUCUACCAGUUCAGCUCCUGCAGGCGGCCUUUUCAACAAGACCCCGGCCAGCAGUGCUGCUCCCAGUCUCUUUGGUCCAAAGCCUACCGCAACGUCUGGAGCUUCUUCCAACUUAUUCGGUGCCGCAGCCACUACCACCACAGCACCAAGCUCUUCCACUCCGUCAAUGUUUACAGGUCUGAAAGGCACAGCUCCUGCAGCUACCUCAUCCGCAGCUUCUGCACCAGGCACUACUGCACCAGCGAUCCCAAGUCUCUUUGCUGGCACUCAACCAACAUCGGUUCCCUCAACCACUGCACCAGCUACUGGGCUCGGUGCUGGCCUGAGUGGCAAUGCGGGCUCUGGGGCAGGCUUGGCUGGAACGCUGAGCAGUGGAGGGUCGGCUGGUCAGGGAGCUAGCACAACAGGAGGUGCAGCUACACUUGGAGCAUCGACUUCUGGACCAGCUCCCCAAGCGUCCCGUCUCAAGAACAAGACGAUGGACGAUAUCAUUACUCGCUGGGCCUCUGACUUGUCAAAGUAUCAAAAGGAGUUUCAAGAGCAAGCAGAGAAGGUAGCUGCUUGGGAUAGGCUGAUGGUUGAGAACGGCGACAAGAUCCAGAAGCUGUAUCUGAAGACGUAUGAUGCCGAGAAGCAGAGUACAGAGAUUGAGCGCCAGCUCGCCAAUGUUGAAAGUCAACAAGAGGAGUUAGCCAUUUGGCUCGAUCGGUAUGAGGGAGAGGUUGAUGAGAUGUUUCAGCGCCAAGUUGGACAGGGGGAGACUCUUCAGGGCCCGGAUCAGGAAAGAGAGCGAACCUACAAGCUUGCUGAAAAGUUGACUGACAGACUUGACGAUAUGGGCAAGAACCUUUCGAGUAUGAUUGAUGCCAUUAACGACGCCUCUACCACUUUGAGCAAGACCAGCAAGGCCGAUGAUCCUCUAUCACACAUCGUUCGGGUUUUGAACAGUCAUCUUACGCAGCUGCAGUGGAUCGACGAGAACGCAACCGCCCUGCAAACCAAGAUUGCCGAAACACAAAAGGCCAGUCAAAACAUUGGAUCAAAUGGUGGUGGGUACAGAGGGCCUGAGAGCGAUGCCGCAGAGUCUUUCUACCGCUCCUUGCGUCGGUAG